AUGAAGGCCGCAGGCGCUGCAAGCCAGAAGGACCACACAGUGUACACGCUGCGCUUCAGCACCGGCUUUGGCAGGGGCUGUGGUCUUGAUGUUCCAGGCGCUGGCGUGCAGGUCUGCCUUAUUGGAGAGGACGGCCAAGCUUUGCUGCACCGCAUCUCCCCUCUCAACGACCCACUCGCAGCUGAGCAAGACGCCCUGGCCAUCUGCAAGGUGGUGGACAAGGAGGCUGGCGCUGACUGCAAGCGCGUGCUCAAGGCGGCCUCCACCAGCCGCGCGCGCUCCGCCGCCCUCAAGCAGCGAUUCCAGGGGGGGGCCGUUGACGAGGUCUCCUUCCUCGGGCCGGAGCUGGGCCCGAUUGCCUCGCUGAUGGUGGCGCCUGAAGAGGGGUCCUGGAGAGUGGAUGAGGUGACGGUGUGCUCGUCGCGGACGCGCCACACCGACCGGUUUGUGUGCCGUGAGGCGCUGGGCUACGGCGGCGUUCCUGCCGGCUUCCUGGCGCCCGUACCCGCCGACUCUGUAGUCUAUGGCAGCGGCGAGAGCGCCGUCAUCCUCUCAAGGGAGCAGGCUGCGAUGCUGCACGCGGCAGGCAUGCUGGAUUAUUCUUCGCUCAAGGACCGAAUCUUGGUCACAACAGCGGCGCUGGUGGCGGCCGGCUCUUCCCUCUGCUACAGCAUGGGAGGCUGGCCGGCCACCGAGCCCUUCCUGGCUGGAGGCGCUGUGGGGCUGGCGUACCAGUCCAUGCUGCAGGCCAACGUCGACUCUCUACCCGGCAGCGGCGCCUACUCAACCCGGGUGAUACUGCCGGGCCCGGCUCAGACGCUGCAGCGCAUAAUGGGCAGCAGCACGGUGCGCCUGAUGGCGGUGGCCGGCCUCUCACUGGGCGCUGUCUGGGGCCUCAAGGCCUCCAGCGGUGGCAGCAGCGACGAUGUCCUUGCCCUGCAGCAGAUCCUCGAGGUGCGCCAAGUGCUGACUGGGCUGAUGGGCUUCAUGAUGUACAAGCUGGCGCUCGUGGGCUGCUCCGCCGUCCCCACUCCGCCACAUCAGCACGCCACCGAGGAGGAACGCCUCAUCUGACGCGCGCCACAGCAACCAGCCACAUCAGCACGCAACUGGAGGAGGCAACGCCGCGCUCCGCUCGCCAUGCCACAUCAGCACGGGUAUAAACGAAAGACUCUUCUUGUGCCUUAUAAACGACAAGGCCUAUCUGGUUGCUGCCAGCAGUAUCUG